AUGCUGCUUUUAGUGGGUUUAUUCACGUUCCAGCUGCUGUUGGCCACUGGCGGUACCGGUGAGGUGUUCCGCGUUGACCAGGAAGACAAACAUCUGCUCGUGCCACAGUUGAUCAGAAAAUAUGGCUACCCUUUGGAGGAGUAUCAAGUUCACACCGAAGAUGGUUACCUACUUUCGGUGCAUCGGAUUCCUGGUCGUGCCCCAACGGGGCAGGACAGGCGCAAAUACCCGGUUCUGAUGGUGCACUCGCUGUUCAGCACCAGCGCGGAUUGGAUUCUUAUAGGGCCCAGGCACGGCCUGGCCUAUCUAUUGGCCGAUCGAGGUUACGACAUCUGGAUGGGAAAUGCUCGCGGGAAUCGUUACUCUCGCCAGCACGAGCGGCUCCGCGUCGAGCAGCCAGCUUUUUGGAAUUUUACCUUUCACGAAAUCGGCUUCUACGAUGUACCGGCGAUGAUCGAUUACGUUUUGGAGCAAACCAACUCGAAAAAGCUCCACUAUAUCGGCUUUUCACAAGGGACGCUGGUUGGUUUCGUUGCGCUCAGCUACCGGCCGGAGUAUAAUGAGAAAAUAGUUCAACUACAGGCGCUCUCUCCGGCCGUAUUCGUUAAUCGAAAUCCCAGCACCAUCAUAACGAUACUGGCCAACUUGGCGGAGGAAAUCUCCGAACGGUACACCUCUUCGAACAAGUUCCACUUUGCGGGGCACGCCGAUGGUGAGGCCAAAUUCGUACAACGUCUUUGCCUGCCACCGACGCAGAUCCUAUGCCGACUGCUGAUUCACGACGUUGCCGGUGCUAACCCACGGAAUCUGGACUCGAAAAUGCUGCAAAUUUUCCUCGGCCACUUCCCGGCGGGCUCUUCGCUGAAGCAGGUCCAGCACUACGCCCAAAUGAUUCAGGAUGGGCUCUUCCGGCAGUACGAUUACGGUGACCCGAAGUUAAACGGACGGUUUUACGGUAGCAGCGCGGUUCCGGAGUAUAAUCUCUCACGAGUUACGGCUUCGGUGCGAACCUACUUCGGCUAUAAUGAUAACACGAUCAACUAUCGAAACGUUAAACGGUUGGAGCAGAUGCUGCCGAACCUGGCCGGAAGCUACCCGGUGCCGGAUCAGCUGUUUACGCACUUUGAUUUCAUACUCGGUAACAAUGUGCGCGAAGUGCUGUACGAGGAGGUGCUGCAAAGGGUGAUGGAUGCCGAGAAUGGUUUGAUUUGA